AUAUAGUAACGCACCAAGCAUAAAAAAAGUUGCGACGUUCUCAUACUUUCUCGAAUCACAUACCACAGAGACAGAGAGAGAAAAAAAAAAGCAAUCGUCGAAAGUCAUGUUCGCUACAAAACUAGUUCUCUUUAUCGCCGUCGUGUCACUUCUCGGAACAUUUUCAUCCGCCGCCGUUGAUACUUUCAUCUACGGUGGUUGCUCACAAGCAAAGUACUUUCCGGGAUCGCCUUACGAGUCAAACGUAAACUCGCUACUAACCUCAUUCGUUAGCUCAGCUUCUCUCUACACAUACAACAACUUCACCGUCAACGGAAUCUCCGGCGACAUCUCCUCCGUCUACGGAUUGUAUCAGUGUCGCGGCGAUCUAUCCUCCGGCUCGGGAGAUUGCGCAAGAUGCGUCGCGCGAGCCGUUAGCAGACUCGGGAGUCUCUGCGCCAUGGCGUGCGGUGGCGCGUUGCAGCUCGAAGGCUGUUUCGUUAAAUACGACAACACGACGUUCCUCGGCGUGGAAGAUAAGACGGUGGUGGUUCGCCGUUGUGGGCCACCGGUUGGUUAUAACUCGGACGAGUUGAAUCGUAGAGACUCGGUGGUGGGUUAUUUAGCGGCGAGUAGCGGUGGUUCAUACAGAGUAGGAGUGUCAGGGAAUUUACAAGGUGUGGCGCAGUGCACCGGAGAUCUCAGUGCGACCGAGUGUCAAGACUGUUUGAUGGAAGCGAUCGGACGGCUGAGAUCGGAUUGUGGAGGAGCCGCUUGGGGUGACGUGUACUUAGCCAAGUGCUACGCGCGUUACUCUGCGCGUGGAGGACACUCUAGAGCCAACGGCUACGGUGGGAGUCGUAACAAUGAUGACGAUGAGAUAGAGAAAACACUUGCAAUCAUAGUUGGCUUAAUUGCUGGAGUUACGUUACUCGUCGUAUUUCUCUCUUUUAUGGCAAAAUCGUGCGAGAGAGGUAAAGGUGGGAAGUAAAUAACGUUAUGGGCUUUUGCCUUUCGCAUCUUGACUCUUUGUAUCAUCAAUAUAUGUUUUUUAAAGAAUUAAAUGCGUAAAGGAGAAAGAAAAGCGAAGAGAUUCUUCAUAUUCUCCACUAUAAUCCUAAAGGAUGUUUCUUUUUUGACCCACUUUAAUUUAAGUUUUACUAUUUUUCAAAUGUAUAGAAAACUCUCGCCGUUUAGAUUUGUGAUCGUCUCUUUACGUAAGAACAUUUAAAAGUGGCGCA